AUGGAUGGCGCUGUGCGCACUUCAACUUGGUCAAGAGAAGUUGUUUUGAAAACGUCAGUGUUCAAACCAUAGACAGUAAAAGAAACACACAGUCCGGAAAGGGGACAUCGGCUUUAAUCAAGCCCCUCUGAAUAGAAGGCCAGUCGGGGUUGAUUCAUCAUCGAUCAGCUUAUUGCUGUGCCCUUAGGCCAGCGUUUCAAAUGAACAUGUCUCUUGCUCAAAGAGUCCUCCUGACAUGGAUCUUCACACUUAUAUUCCUUAUAAUGCUGGUCCUGAAGUUGGAUGGGAAGAUCAUCUGGAACUGGUUCCUCAUUUUCCUUCCUGUCUGGACCUUUGAUCUUAUUCUCCUCCUCAUGCUCAUUGUCAAAAUGGCAGGCCGCUGCAAGCCGGGGUUCGACCCUCGCAACGGGGCGGAGAACUUGAAGAAGCGCGUGUGGUACCUCGUGGCCAUGCUGCUUAAACUGACAUUUUGUCUGACGCUCUGUGCCAAAUUAGAGGGCCUAAUUGAAAUCUUGGUAAGCUCGGUUUGCGUCCCUCUGUGGGCACUGCUCAUCGGAGCUAUGGUGGAGAUGGGCUACAACGUUUUCCACUUCAGAAGAGACUGAACAUAUGAACAGCGUUCUUUGAAAGCCAGCAGAAGUCUUUACUGUAUUCUUCAGGAAUAAAAUCAUCUUGAAAGUAGAUGCAAUUCAUAAACAAGGGAAUAUACAACAGACAAUAAGAAUGUACAGCUCUUUAUCAGGAAUUGCUUGUUUCUUUCAGGCUCAAGAGUGACUAUGCUGAAUAGCCUACGGUUCACGUUCAAGAUGCAGGGAGGGUUAUCAAUUUUGGCUCAGUGGUGAAUUUCCACUCAGGUGACAAAAAUUAUUGAUUGUGAAUGUUGCUCAGAAUAUUUAUUGCAUUUAAGUGAAACACUGAGAUUAUUAGUGGCAUCCCAUAAAGAACAUUUUAAAAAUAACCGUUAAUGUGCUGCAUACACACUGUUUGUUCAACCGGUACUGUAACACAACAUGGAUUGCUAAUGGAAACGACAUAUGUUCUACAAUAAUGGUGUAUAUUUAUAAAUCUGUGUUUCUUUAUCAAACACUUAUGUUUUGCAUUGCAGAACUUGCGUAAUACAUGUUUAUGAAAUGUAAUUAAUAUUUUCUCUUCUAUCGAGUGUGUA